AUGUCAAAUAGUGAUGAACAUCAGCGGCGGUCACCAGACUGCGUGUUCUUUGCUCGUUCGACUACAGCAAAAACCAAAGCCGGACGUUCCAAAAAAGGACGUGCUUCGAAAGCCUCCCGCAUGUCUACACAGUCGAACUUCACCACUGUUUCUGAAGGUGUCUCAGUCGCAGAUACCGAUGCCCACGGUAAUGAUAGUAUCAUGUCUGUGGUCGAGCCAGCCAAGGCCGCGAAAUCAGGGAAAGGGGCAAAGAAGGGGGCCAAAGCUAAAAAGCUAGCAGCCAAGUCAAAGAGACAAGCUAGCAAAGCAGUGGACGAAAAUACACAGGUCGCUAGUAGUUUUCUGGAGCCAGAGGAUGAUAAUUUCGAGGUAAAAGUCGAGAUCGGUCCUACGCAGCGUAACCGGAACAAGAAAAGAAAAAGCGACGAGAUAAGCACAACGAAUGACGUGUCGAACCAGGCAGAGGCUCAUACCCAGGAGGAGGAUUCUCAAGACCAACCAAAAAAGCGGCGUGCAACAAGAACACGAGGAAGUAUGGCGCAGACGCGCAGUGCACCUAGUCCUCCUCCACAGGAAGAGCACGACCAUGAUGCACAAAUGACAGAUGCUGAGGCUAUUCCUCCACCAGUGCCACCUCGGGGUCAGAAGAAAGGGAAAAGCGGCAGCAAAAGAGGCUCCUCUAACGUACGCAAAGCCUCAACUGUAUCGGCUGCGUCUAAGGCUUCUCUUCGAGCCACCAUGCCUCCCGACGAGGAAAUCGAUGCAGCGUUGGAAGCAGAGCUAGACCGCCCCUUGACAGAUGAAGAGGGCGAUAUUGAGCCACCUGCCAUGGCAGCACCCAAGGGUCGGCGCCUGACAAGGACAAAACCUGGAUCGAGGAAGGCGACCGCAUCUGUUGCGUCAACCCGAAGAACGACUAGAGCAAGUACAGUCACAAUGGAUGACUCGACGAUGCAAGGCAUAUAUCCAUCCUUGCCGGAUCCUGUCGAAGAGGCUCGUGUGCCGACUACCGAGAAGAACGAACAUGCGGCCUUAGCGCAUGACAAUUCAGAACAUUCAGGAUCAGAAGACCAUCAGAGGAAAGUAAGAACACGCAAAUCGGAGCAACAAAACGGAUACAACAAGGAGCCGAAGAAGUCGGAGGAGUCAAUCGCCGCUGCUGGGGAUAAGAUGGACGAAGAAACGCCCGUAACAGAGCCUCAGCAGCCAAGAAGCAGACAAGCAUCCAGAAAAUUGUCAGCACGGAACACCCGAGUAUCAGACAUCCCUAGUCCUUUCGAAGCUAUAGAUCCGGGUUCCGAUAUCAACAGCUCCACUCUAGGCACGCAGACCGCUCAGGAUGACUCGGGGCAUGAGACUGAUGCUAGCGUUGUGAAGCAAGCUUGCACCAAACGUGGUAGUAAGAAGGCUCCUGCAAAGAAGGUGAAAGGAGGUAAGAAGACUGCGUUGAUGAGCCGAAAUAUCGAAGACCUCGUGCAGCCUAUUGUAGUGAAUGUAUCGCCUGUAGAGCAAGGUACUCACACAGGUCCGGUCGAUCAUGAUACUGGCAGCGAGGGAUCCGUCCCCGUGGAUGUUGAAGAAGCAAAGAAGCAACGGAAACCAUCGAGAGCGAUCGCGAAAUCGGGCAAGACCAAGAAGACUCUGCUGGAGCCUGAGGCCUUCGCGCCAGAAGGAUCAGCAGCUCUGCUGAUUGACCAGCCAAGUACAAUGGAGGAGACCGAAGUCGCUCGCCCUUCACCGCAAUCACUAUCAGAACAUUUGACCCCAAGGCCAGCUCCCUCUCCGCAAUCGUCCGAUGCUGAAAAUCAACCGCCGUCGUCUCGCUCAUCCAAACUCCGCCCUCCACUUCUUAUGCAAUCUCCUUCAAAAUCACAAAUAAAUCGUGUCCCACUGGCAGUCACCACGCCCGUCAGCUCCCCCUCGAGAAACAACAUCUCAAUGCUACAGACCAUUAUCCCAUGGACUGCGAUUGAGAUGGAACACAUCUUCGAGGGUACGCCGACUACAGACAAGGAGAACAGCCCUUUUGCCUUUAAGGAAGCAGGCAAGAGAGUGAAAAGUCCAUUCACAAGCCCGGAGAAGAAGUUGACAGUCGAGGAAUGGAUUCAAUCUAAUGCGCAGAGAGGAGAGGAAAAACUGCGUAACGAAUGUGAGCGGCUAGUGGGGAAGUUUGAGGACCAGGGUAUGCGAGCAUUGAGAGUACUAGAGGGCAUUGUAGCUUCAAUCGGGGUUCCUGUCGAAUGGAUGAAACGCAUUUCCCCCGUCCUUUCGCCUCUCCAAUCCUCGCACACUUAUGAGCACCAAAAAGUCUCUUUGGGAACACGAGGUAUGAACGGCAGUACCUCGCAAAUAUGGAAUCAAACCAAUUCGCACUACUUGGAUAACAAAAGGGCAGCGGCCGAACACUUCGAUUUCGAUGCCACAGUUGGGAUUACAAAGUCUCGAAAUCAACAGAAAAUUGCGACAGUUCGAGCAUCCCUCCAACAAGCAAACGCUGUGAGCGAUCAGCUGCGCUAUGGACGAGGGUCGGUGACAAAAGUCUCUGCCGACUUUUAG